UUUCCGCGGCCGGUUCAUGGUGCCACUGUGAGGGACAUUGGAUGACUUUGUGCCGUGUUUAGCCGGGGUAUUCGCCUUAGCUCAUUCAUUUUGACAGGGGAAGAGAUCGUCAACGCGAUGGAGGCUCUUAUUCCUGUCAUUAACAAACUCCAGGAUGUUUUUAACACUGUCGGGGCGGAUGUUAUCCAGCUGCCUCAGAUUGCAGUGGUGGGAACGCAGAGCAGCGGGAAGAGUUCAGUGCUGGAGAGUUUAGUUGGCAAAGACCUCCUGCCCCGUGGGACGGGCAUCGUCACCCGCAGGCCUCUCAUCCUCCAGCUGGUGCACGUAGACCCCGAGGACAGAAGAAAGACCAGCGAGGAGAACGGAGUGGAUGGAGAAGAGUGGGGGAAAUUUCUACACACCAAAAACAAGAUCUACACAGAUUUUGAUGAAAUCAGGCAAGAAAUUGAAAAUGAAACCGAAAGAAUUUCUGGAAAUAACAAGGUAAGGAAGAGUCCUUAAAUGAACUAAAUC